AACAUCAAGCUGGAGUCAAAUCAACCAAUUCGUAAAAUAAUCGAACGACAGUCACAGCAAAAUAACUGCUUUAUCUUAUCAGCCGGCCAUCGGGGAUAAAUCGAAUGCCCGUUAAGGUUCGUUUAAUACACUUCAGCGCCGGUCUCGGUUUCAGUUUCAUCCGACGAUCACAACCGACAAGAUGCGAACUCUUAUUGCACUGUCGGUAUUUUUCGUCGCUGCCAGUGCCGUCGGCAUUCGCGAGCCAGAUCCAAAGGAUUGGUAUCAGCAUGCAACUUUCUACCAGAUCUAUCCACGUUCAUUCAAGGACAGCAACGGGGACGGAAUCGGUGAUCUGCCGGGAAUAACGUCAAAACUGAAGUACCUGGCGGACAUAGGAAUCGAUGCUACCUGGUUGAGCCCACCGUUCCCUUCGCCCAACAUGGACUUCGGGUACGAUGUGUCGGAUUUCUAUGAUAUACACCCGGACUAUGGUACGUUGGAAAAUUUUAAGGAAAUGAUAGAAGAAGCUCACAGCAAUGGAAUCAAACUGAUGCUGGAUUUCAUUCCGAACCAUUCGAGCGAUGAGCACGAUUGGUUUAUCAAAUCGGCUGCAAGAGACCCUGAAUAUGAAAAUUUUUACACAUGGCAUCCGGGUAGAGCAGAAGGAAGCGUACUGUCUCCACCCAACAAUUGGAUUUCGGUGUUCGGAGGACCAGCGUGGACUUUUCAUGAAGGUCGAAAGGAGUACUACUUGCAUCAGUUCACCAAAAAGCAACCGGAUCUGAACUACCGAAAUCCAAAGGUGCUAGAGGAAAUGACAAAAAUGUUAUUCUUUUGGCUCGAUAAAGGAGUCGACGGCUUUCGGUUGGAUGCUAUAAAUCAUUUGUUUGAAGAUGAAGAUCUUCGUGACGAGCCUCUGUCCGGCAAUGGAAACCCUGGAGAGUAUGACUAUUUGAACCACAUCUAUACCAAAGACGUUGAAAAUGUGUACCAAGUUGUGUACGAUUGGCGUGAUCAAAUGGAUCAGUACUCGGCGGAAAACAAUCGAACGAUCAUCCUGAUGACGGAGGCCUAUUCGACCAUCGAGGGAACGAUGCUGUACUACGAGAGUGCCAAUCGCACUCGCAAAGGAGCCCACAUGCCGUUCAACUUCCAGCUGAUCUACGAUUUCAAAAACGGCCAGAACGCGGUAGGCCUGAAAGCCUCGAUCGACUGGUGGAUGAACAACAUGCCGGCCAGACAUACACCGAGUUGGGUCACCGGUUCCCAUGAUCAUUCCCGCGUGGCUACGCGUGUCGCUGCGAAUCGGGUCGAUCAGGCGAUUACGCUUGUCCACAUGUUGCCGGGUACCAGCAUCACUUAUUACGGUGAGGAGAUCGGCAUGCAAGACUAUAAAGAAGCACAGCAGUUCGACAAUCGGGACCCCAAUCGGACACCGAUGCAGUGGGACGGUACGACCAGUGCCGGAUUCAGUACCAAUCAGAGUACCUGGCUGAAAGUCCACCCGGGAUACGAAACCCUUAAUGUGAAACUACAGCAAGAAUCCCAGAGCAGCACGUUCUAUCACUAUCGCAACAUGACGGAACUGCGCCGGCACGAAACGCUGAGGGAUGGAGAUUACCUGCAUCGUACCGUCGGAACCAAGGUUUACGCUCUGCUGCGGGAGCUCCGAGGGCAGGAUUCUUUCCUAGCCGUGCUGAAUAUGGCGGACGAGGCAGAUACCGUGGAUUUGGGGGAUUUUGUCAAUCUUCCCGAGCAGCUGACGGUUCAGGCGGCCCAACCACAAUCCGCUCAUAAGAUAGGGGAUGUUGUUAGCAUCAACAAUCUCAAACUGGGACCGUACGAUUCCGUCGUGCUAAGAGCGGAUAUCGAAUCAGUUGCAGCGUCGAUUCGGUUAUCGAUUGGAGUCUUGUUGAUUGCCGUGGUUGGAUAUUUCAUGCAAGAAGCAGGCAAAUUGUGAUGAAUUAUUCAUACUUGCCUAAUGAAAAGUUAAUGUUCGAAGAAUAAACUUAAUACGUGGUUUGAAAGGAAAGAAAACUAAUUUGUACUACCAAGAAAACAAUUCUAGCGUUACAAGGGAUUAUUAGUGUUAGAAGUUAGGGUUGGGAAGUUUAGAUUCAGCGUGCAGAAAGCCCAUGUAAACACUGUAAUUACCACGUACUACAAAUUUUACACGUUCACCAUUGGCUGCCAAACUGACGGGCUAUCGUUCCGACAGUCUGUCACGUGGCAAUCACUAAGUGAAUCGUGCACGCGAUUCUCGUGUGGCCAAAUCCUCCCCGGUACCGUGCUAAGUGAGCAAAACAGCAAACGAAGCUGAUCGCGUGGCGGAUGAAAUAAUCAACGUCUGGGGCCUGGGUUACCUGACAGCCCCGAACGUGAAACGUGCCGAAGCUGUCCAGUUUAAUGAAUGACUUCCGGAUGUGACCUGUUUCGUGUCGUUCGACUGCUUGCUGCCUCGUUUGUCACUAUCGGCUGUUGGUCAUGCCGCGAAAAUAUUACUUGGUUUGGCAAGAGAUUCUUGGUGGUGACUUGG